UACCACAGUCUAAAGCUUGAUCACUAGCAAUGGCGAGGGCUGAAACAACGCGAGAUUUGGUGGUGUUUGACGAGAUCCAGAAGAGGUACCGUCCUGAUGAGAGUAUAUUCCUGGUGUACACACUGCACCAUGACUACACGCCGAGUAAACGGGACUGGGUCGGACUCUUCAAGGUCGGCUGGAAAGCCUUCCACGAGUACAUAGCCUUCGAGUGGGCUCCCAAACAGCCCAAACGAGAGAAGUUCCCUCUAGUGCGGAGUGUACACUUCCUGUCGAGUGGCAUGGCCCUGCCCCCUAGCGGCUCACAGAAGUAUAGCUUCCUGUAUGUCUCCCGCAAAAAAGGCGUGGUGGGAAGUUCUACUACCUUUAAAAUCAGUGAGUACCCUGACCAGCUGACGGUACGUUGCCGUGACGCCGGCCAUGACGACUUCACUAUCAUCGAGACCAGCGUCAGCGGCCAGGACGCAGACAGUUUCGUCGUGGUCGACGCCGAUGGCUCCGAGACAGGGCGCGUCAGUCCGAUACCAUGGCAACGGUCUGACGCAGGAGACCUGGACCUCGACUUUUCCGAUGCCUUUGCAGAGUUGUUUAGUACAGGGUCCGUAGAAAACGCGGAGCCGCCGGUAACCGGGUCCAGGAAGGGACGAAGGCGAUCUUCAACUUCCCUCUUACUGUUGGAGAAGCCCGACAAGGUUCGGUCCUCCUCCUCGACGCUGAUUGGCGGGCUGGAUCUUCUCGUCACUGGGGCGGAAACACCCGAGGGCAACCGAACCGUUGCCGAGUCCGACGCGACUUCUGCCGAAGAGAAGCUGUCGGUUGUGCCGUACAAGAGUUUUUUCCAGGACUGCUGUAGUGGCGAAAUGAAGGCUAUGGCGGGACAAGAAGAAGUUGAGGAGCUGAACGUCUACCGGAGGUUUGGUGUUCCUCUCAGCAUGGAGAAAAAAAUCUGGCGGCGAGAGAGAAGCAAAAAUAAGGGGAAGAGGAAGCUGGAAGGGAAAAGGAAUCUCAUGCACUUCGGUCCUCUAACCCUGCGUGACACUAUCUUACAACAGGUUCUUAACUCGGUAUCCCAGAAGGCUUUGCUCAAGGUCAAUGUCGACGCUUUCCUCGCCUCGCCAUGGAUCGGUCAGAGUUCACGCGCUUGCGCACAAGCCACCGUCUACCCACCCCCGAGCCUUCACAAGGCUUGUGACGGAGCCUUAGAACUGAUGUGGAAGGCUGCUGAACAACGCUUCAAGUCUCUGGAGGAAAAACUGCAUCAGGCGAGUGCAGAAAUCGGAGCUCAUGAGAAACGCGUCAAAAUGGUGAACGAUCACAUCAGGUCUCUGCGCAUGCGCCUCGAUAAGUCACGUGAUGAAGUGCCCUCGCCAAAGAAGAGCGCAUCUACCAAUACGGUACCCCACCAUUUCCGUGACGUGUCCGCCCAGACCAGCCAAUCAAAAAUCGAGUUGGGGUCUACCCAUCAGGCCCUGCGCGCCGAGAGAGACGCCCUCCUGGAACGUGUCGCGACCCUGACGAGCGCCAAGCAGCAGCAGGAGAAGGCUGCUCGGAAGCUGUCGUCUGAGCUGGACCGUCUGAGAGACAAACGUCAGGAUCUGGACAAGUAUGUGGAUGACGUCAUCUUCACACUUUGCACCAUGGGAUACACUGUCAUCGAGGACACUAAAGGCAACAGAACCGACCUGUCCGCUGCGUUACCGGACUCCCUCUUGAAGGGCAAGCGGGGGAAACAUCUCAGGCUCCCGGCUCUCUCUGAGGACCGCCCGCUGAAGAUGAAGUCUCAACUACUGGAGAUGAAGGUCCUAAAGACAGAGGCGGAAAAGGCCGAAGCUCAGGCCCUGAACCUGAAAACGGAGAUUGCCUCACAUGUCUCCGAGGCAACCCGACUCCGCACGGAAACUUCCGAGCUGAAAACAAAAAUCUCCGAUCUCGAGUCCGAGUUGGCUCGCCUGCGGGCGGAAAAUGCCGAUCUCGCCACGACAGGUGACGAACUGAAGACGGAAAAUGCCGAGCUGAGGAAGAAAGCCGAGAGUGCUCGGGAGAGGAGCGACGAAGUGUUGACGGACAUGAUAUUCCUGAAGGAGGACGUGAAGGAGAAGGGGCGAGAACUUAAGUCUGCUCUCUGUAGGGAGAAGACUCUUGCCGCUCUGCUGCAGGAAGAAAAUGAGGACCGUAAGAAACUCAGCCAGCAGCUGGCGGCCGCACGCGUGGAGGUGGCGAGCGUGAAGGGCGAGAGAGACGCGCUGGUGGAGACCGUGGAGCAGCAGCGCCGCCAGGCGAAAGAGACGAGUAGUGCAGCGCAAGACAAGGAUCGCGACGCCCGCAAAGAAACGGAGAAGCUUAAGCGCCAGAUAGCUGAGUUGGAGGCCAAGCUGCUUCUCGCGGAGACCACCGGAGGUCUGACUGAGAAGUCCUCGGGCGCUAGCUGCGCAACUCCCGCAGCCUUCAACGCGUCAUCCGAUACUCCUCCUACCACCACCGUCACCACCACUCAUCUCAAGGUGUUACCGAAGGAGGAAGGAAAACUUCAAACCAAGGACCAGGAUUCCUCACUUCGCUCACCCCCUUCCCUGGUGCCAGGUGUGGCCCAUAGGAUGAUGAUGGGAGCGAGGACGACCACUGCGGAACAGGGUGGGUCUGUACCCAAACAGACCGACGAGGUGUUCUCAGGCUAUGGGACGGCUUCACCUGCCAGCUGCGCUGAUGGCAAACACCGGGCUGUUCCCGUGAAGAGGAAGCCGUCCUUGGAGAGCAAGUUUCCAACGUGCUGCAACGCCACCCGGCAGAUUGCUCAGGAGCCUAAGUCCGCGCGGAUCCCCCGGAAGCGCCCAGUCCGCAGCACGUCCGCCAAGAAGAGCCGGUCCACCUGCCCGUACUGCCGCGAACCGUUCCCGGCAGGCACCGAGAAGGCCCGCAUCCUCAAACACAUCGCCGCGCACUCCAAGAAGUGA